GCAGACGUUCCGUCUCCAAAGAAGCCGUGAAAAAGGCCGACGAUGGACCGCGAUGGGCCGGACGCCAUCCGCCGGGAGGCAGAGGUGGAGCGCGGCCGCUACCUGAACCGCCGGGCCGUGGCCCAGGAGCAGCUGGCGCAAAUAAAGGAGCACAAGGAUCAAGCUGAUCUGGCCAAGAUGGAAAAGAGAAGAGAAGGGGAACGAAUACAGCGAAGAACCGAAUCAUACCAAAUGGAAAAUCAGAGAGAUAAAGAAAAGGAACAGGAGAAAAAAGUUGAAUUCCAGAGGCAGCAUCAUGAAUAUGUAGCUGAACAGAAAACACUUAAAGCUGAAGAGAAACAAAGAGAAGACAAAGAUGAUGAUCAAAUUAAGGCUUAUAUCAAAAGAAAAGAAAUGAUGGCUGAUCUGACAAGAGAAAAAAAUGAAGAGUCUAGCAGGAUGAUACAGAAGCAUAAGGACAAAGCUUUUGAUCAAUUAACUGCCCAGAUGAAUGAAAAAAUUAAGAUUGAAGAUGAUCGUCUUGCUAGAGGAGCUGCAGAAGUAGAAGAUGAGUACCAAAUGCAAAAGAAAGAGAAAGAAAUGAAAAAAAACGCUGCUAUAGAAUCGAUUGAAGAAAACAGAAUCACUGUGAUGAAGUUCAAAGAGGAAGAGAAGAGACAGGAAAAAGAAGAGGGUAAGAAGGAUCGUAAUCAGUGGAUGACAGAAAAUGAUAACUACUUGGAAAUGGAGAAAGCCAAGAAACAAAGACAGCGUGAUGCAAACAUGGAAGUACAGAAAUUUCAGCUCCAGCAAAUGGCUGAAAAGCAAGCAAGAAAAGAGCAGGAGAAACAAGCAGACUUGGACUAUGAUUCUCAUAGAGAGGCUACUUUUCAUCAUGACCAAGCAUUUCGGAGAUAAAGACACUUUUUUCCAGCCAGAAAGAAUGGAAACUUCUGUAAAAGCCUUUUGAUGGUAGAAGCUGGAGCCUUAAAAAGUAUGGACUACAGCAGGAGUGGUGCUGAAACCUGCAGAGCUCGAUAAUGCUCCAAAUGCAUCCCUAAGUGCAAAGUUGCACAUGCUCACUGCUAUGCAAUUGGUGAGUUAAAUGGGGUUUUGGUCUACCUCCACAACAGCAAGAAACAAGGUGGAUUGCAGCCUCAUUUCCUACUCAGCUGCCGGAAAUGUCCUGUUCUGCAGAUUACGUAUGUCUGUAUUUGAAGUCUACAGCCUACUUCCAUCGGGCUUAAUGCUCCUUUUGCUUUAAACAUCUACAGAAAAUCCAUCAAAUUCCAGUACCAGAAAACAACUUUAUUUCAGUACACCUAGAAUAAAGUAGGAAUCCUGUGUAAAUUUAAAGCAUAUUGGAUAAAUAUGAUUUAUUUACCAAAAUCCAGCAUGAAAAAAGUCCAGCAGCAAUCAUGAUCUCAAUUUAUUCUAUUGACUCUGACAUACAUGCGCUUUGUAUGCUUGUUUUCAAUAACUAGUUCUAGUUAGUAAUUAUCUAUAAAAUCUCUAUAAAGCAUAGUAUGAUGAUAGUAGAUCAGCGUGGCCAGAGGUAGUGGAAUGUAGCUGGUAAAAGUUGUCCUGUGUAAGGCAGGAGGCUGGUCUAGCUGCUCACCAGAGUUCUUUUCAGCUGCCAUUUAAAGAUGGUAACAAAAAUACAGGGAGAUGAACUGCAACUGAUAAAAAGGGAAACUGUUGACCUGGAAGAAUCUAUUCAUUGAGAGGUACCUCUCAUUUAAUGUCUAGGGCCAGUUUUGUGUUAGUUUUUAGCUGGAAUUUAGCAUCUAAAUUCCUAAAGGUAUUUAGAUGUGUAGAUGGUGUUCAGGGAUAUGGAUGAGCUAGUGUUGGGACUUCAGUACUGAGUUAACAGCUAAACUUGAUCUUAAAAGUCUCUUCCAAUCUAAAUUAUUCUAUCAAGUUUUAAUUAAUAGCUAACAAAUCAGAAAAUGCUUUAAUAAUUUGACUAGUAAACUUUAAUUAUUGGUUAUACUCAAAAGUGCAUCCUCUCAGAUAUUGUUCUGCUUCAGGACAUUGCAGCAGAUUAGAGUCAUAAUAGGUAUUAGACUUACUUGAAGACCAAGGCAAUCCUCAGAGGGACUGAAACAAGAGACCUAAAAUCAAACUGCAUUUUUUUCCACACCUGUAAUCCAACUCUGGAAGUAGAACAGCAACUUCACUUUGAACAUGUCAGCCUCCAGUGUCUAACAUGGUACUCUCCCAACAAUAUUGCAACUCAUAUCUGUGUGGUGAUACACAUAUAAGAGGGUACUGUUUUCAUGGAUCUAAUACAACUCCUACCUAGGAAAUGCAAGAGAACAGCACUCUAAAAUGCCUUAUAUUCUAAGGGAAUUUGAACUAAUUAACUGCAGCUCUUUACUGUUAGGUCGUGUUCCAGGAUGGAGUUACUAGAUGUGUGCAAGUUCUUUUAGCAUGACAGUCUUUGCUACCAGUUAGCUCUGAGGAAGUCUGAAGAGGAUACAUACCUGGAAACCAAUUGCCCAUGAACAGAAGAGAUGGCACCAUGGGACUAUUAAGGAUGAACAUUUCACAUCCCAAUACAGACUUGCUCUAUACUUCUGGAAAAGAAAAAAACCAAUCUUUUCAAGGCUUCCUUAUCAUGAUAGGUCAAAUAAUUUACUCUGUUAUUUCAAAUGUCUGUUAUUAACUUAGGCCUUCCUGUUAUCUCUUGAAUGGAAGAAUGCUGUACCUAGUCUGUAAUCCCUGUCCUUGUUCUGGCAGUGCAUCCUUGUUUCUGAUAAUGAUAUUCCUUCCUGUUCUGGCAAUGCAUUAGAGAGACAGAAUUCACUACCUCUAGCAUGCAAAAAUCCCCAUAAUCAGUGAAGGGAGGUGAAGGUAAGAGAUUAGAUAAGACCAUAUGAGAUGUCUUCUUUGGAAUUAUCUUAAUUUCUUUCUGUUUAGAAUAAAUUGUGGUAUAGGCUUUGUUAAGCUUGUAAUGUGUGAAGUCACUACUGCAUUGCCACCACUUUAACAUAAGCUUUUUUUUUGGUAUAUCAUGGCUUUGACAUUGCCAGAUAUUUAAGUGAAUACAUGAAUAAUUCAAAUCUGUCCUCUGAUCUGGUAAACCAAUCUCUAAUAAGUAGUCUUAAAGCAGAGCUGUUUGUAGCUUGUUGACACUGUCUUGAAUAAACCAGCACAGCACUUUGUUUUUCUGUCGAUUGCCUCAGCUCCAGUACAUUAUCCAGAGAAAUUAACAAUUCUGUUGGGUACUGAAGGGCUUGAACAUCAGCACUGCAGGUCCAGGAAAAUGCAACACUGCAUCUCUGUUAACAUAGUAAUUGCACCUCUCCCUCCUCCCAGUGAGUACCAUCUGCUCUGACUCCUUUUCUGUGUAAAAGGAAAAUAAGCAAAGGUUAGAAAGAAAAAGCAGCAUAUACUGAAAAGAAUUGUGUGUUACUGAGCAGACAAGAAAAAUCCAACAACUGGCACAGUGGACAAGGGCAAAGUUUGGAACUGUCUUUGGUAAACUUGUAAGUAGUUCUGCAUUAAUUUCAGCUACAAUCUAUCAGUGCAUAUACAAUUAAUAGCAGCUACUAAUUAUACACGUAAACUGUUUCUUUUUUUUUUUUUUUCAGAAAUACAUUUGACCACUACAGAAGUAUCUACAAAGGAGUAAGCUAGCCACUCCUUCCUUCCAAGUUCAGUGUGCCUGCAAAACCAAACAGUGCCCAACAGCAGAAGCUAACUGUGGACCAAUUUACAAGACAUGCUAUUUGCUAGAACCUGCCUAUAACUCAAGCUCAAGAAACAAGUGCCACAGCUUACAACUGUACUGUAACUAGUCUAAUUUUAUUAUGGAAUAAAGCAGUAGAUUCUUUUAAAAAAGUCAAGAGGUAACAACCAAAGGUAAACUAUUAGUUCAUCUGUACUGUACUCCUUGAAUAUUGCUGUGCCUCCAAGCUUAAUACAAACCUUUUGACUUGGAAAAAAAAAAAUCUUACUGAGCAAAUAAAAUUUAGUACAUUUGUCUGUAACAAUAAAAUCCGCA